ACAUACAAUAUAUACACAUACUCAUACGAGAUUUCAGUUACUUUUCACUAAAAUAAUAGUUUAUGUUUUUUUGAGUACUUUUUUCUUUAUAAAUAAAAUUAAUUAAACUAAAAAAAAUGAGUUUAUGGGUUGAUAAGUAUCGUCCUACUAGUCUUAAUAAAUUGGAUUAUCAUACAGAACAAGCGGAACAUUUGAAAAAUAUGGUACAAAAAAGUGAUUUUCCCCAUUUAUUGGUUCAUGGUCCUCCAGGUGCCGGUAAAAAAACACGAAUAAUGGCAAUAAUCCGUGAACUAUAUGGACCUGGAGUCGAACGACUUAGAAUGGAACCCAUGCAAUUUGAAACACCAUCGAAAAAAAAAAUUGAAUUAAUGACUAUCAGUAGCAAUUAUCAUAUCGAGGUUAAUCCUAGUGAUGUUGGAAUCUAUGAUAGAAUAGUUAUAAUGGAUUUAGUAAAAACAACAGCUCAAACUCAUCAAAUUGAUAUCAAUGGCCAACGAGAUUUUAAAGUCGUUCUUUUAACAAACGUCGACCAGUUAACUAAAGAUGCUCAACACGCUCUUCGACGAACAAUGGAAAAAUAUAUAACAACUUGUAGAUUAAUUCUUUGUGCUAAUUCUACAUCACGAGUUUUACCGGCAAUAAGAUCACGUUGUCUUGGAAUACGAGUGCCAGCACCAACAAUUGAUGAAAUAAAAUCAGUGCUGCAUAUUAUUUCAAAAAAAGAAAGUAUUAUUUUACCAGAUGAAUUAGCUUCUAGAUUAGCACUGUCAAGUGGAAGAAAUCUUCGAAGAGCUAUUUUAAUGCUUGAAGCAUGUAAAGUUGAACAAUAUCCAUUCACUCCGGACCAACAGAUAACUGAACCAGAUUGGCAGAGUUUUAUUAGAAAAACUGCAGCAAUGAUGGUCACAGAACAAACUCCAAGAAAAUUGUUAGAUAUCCGUGGUAGACUUUAUGAACUACUUACUCAUGCUAUUCCUUGUGAUUUAAUAUUCAAAGGUCUCUUACAAGAAUGUAUUAAAAAUUGUGACUUACAAUUAAAAGCUGAAAUCGUUUUAGUAGCCGCUGAAUUUGAACACAGGAUGCAUCGAGGAUCAAAAGCUAUUUUUCAUCUUGAAGCAUUUGUUGCUAAAUUUAUGACAAUUUAUAAAAAGUUUAUGGAUGUGGCCAUGGAUGAUUUUGAAUAAAAUUAUCGUUUUUCAGUUUACUAUAA